CGUAGUACUUACUUAAAGUAAAAGAUGAAAGUAAAUACUAUAAAUUCUAGUAAAAGGUAAAAUUCAUAGUAUAUACUUAAUUUCGUAUCCAUAAAAAAAAGUAUCUGCUAGUAUAUACUGAAUUCAUCCAGAAUAUCCGUUGGCUUUAAUUUUUUAUUUCAUAGUUUGCGAAGGAAGGACUAUCCAUUAUUUCAUAAAAAUAAAACUUGAGGCCAUUGGAGAAAGCAUGCUUUACUUAAUGUCACAAAAUAGACAGAAACUAAGGCGUUGCUCUUUACUGCAGGUGUUAACCUAUCGUUUUUUCUUAAGCUGUAAUCGCCUCAAGUCUUUAGCCCUCGCAAUCACUAGCUUCACAACGAAUGCACUUGCUUCUUAACCACCUUUUUCGUUUUUUCGGCGGCAAAGUCAUGUAAAUUUUAUGCGAGAAGUUGAAUCGCUCAUCUGUCAGCUGCAGUUACGGCACUCAUUGUUAAGGCUUUUAUAUUUUUUCCACAGUUGGACUCGUUCCGUAAAAAAAAUUAAAAAAAUGUUCGACUUUGAUGCGUUUUUUUUACCUUUUUGGUGAAAAAUCGGGUGACACUCUAGCUUUCGCUAUUUCUUCCUCUGCCAGUAGAUUCGCUUGACCAAUUUAAAUUGAAAUUAGCUAAAAAUUACAGUAUUUAUCGCUUAUAAGAAACGCGCUUAUAAGAAAACCUCGCUUAAAAGAAACUCGAACAAAAGCACCGUGUACUUUACCAAAUAUUUUAAUGUGUUUAUAAGAAACACACUUAUAAGAAAAACAUGUUUCAAACCACGAACUUUCUUGCACACACAUAAAGUUGGUUGGAUUUAAGAAACUUUCAAAAAAAUUACGAAACUAAAAAAACAUGAACCCUAAAGAAAAAUUCAAAGCAACCUGUGCCAAUGUCAUUUGAGUUUGACAUUAUUUGAAGAGAAUUUCAGUUCAGUGUUUAAUUUGUUAUUUGUUGUGUUUAUGUUCUUUAUAUCCCUGCUGUGUUUACCCUUGCUAAAAAUGUUGCUCAACAAAGUACUUUUAAGUGCAUCUGAAUCCAUUCAAAGACAUUUUUUCUAUUGAAGAAAUGGAGUUGAAUACAACCAGAACUCCUAAGCAGUAGAUACUUCAGGCCAAAGGAACACAGCUAAUAUUUCACUUAAAACUAAAUUGAUACAUAAUCCUUGAAUAAAAAAUAGAAAAGAAAUCUGUGAAAAAUAUAAAAUAGCUACAUAGUAUGUAGUUAUAUAAUUGGAUUGAAUAUUUAGGCGAGGAUAAGUUUGUGGUAGGUACUACUGGGUAGGUAGAUUUGUAUAAGAAACUUGUUUCUUAUAUCCGUUCUAAGAAUAUAAGAAACACUCGGUUAUAAAAAACAAAUAUUGUGCAAUUUUUGAGUUUCUUAUAAGCGUUAUGUACAAAAGAUAUUGGAAAACAUUUUUGCAUUUCCACCUCCUUUGAUUUGCACACGAAACCCAUUUAAAAAGGGGGUGUCCUAUUCAAGUGUCCAAAAAUAGGAGCACUUUUUUUCACAGUUGUUUCACAAAAAAUUGCAAAAUUAAUCUGACGGGACAUUGAAAAUGAAUGAUUUUGCUCACAUCUUGCAUAAGGGGACAUACAAAAUAGUAAAAUAAUGAACAAACAUUAAAUUGAACAAUUACCUAAAAAAUAAAUUUUUAUUUUUUUUUUUUCAAUUUUUGGUUUAAAUACACUACUGGAAAAAAUUAAGGGAUCAAAAAAAAAUUCCAAAUUUUUGGGCAAAUUUCAACAGGCCGUAACUUCGAAAGAAAUGGUCGUACAAGAAAUCGAUAAAGAAGGAAAUUGUAGCUCCAAGUGUCUAGUUUUUGGAUUAGAACUUUAAAAAUUUUUAACCUCUGCGGUUUUUGAGUAAUCGUAGAAAAACCAGCAACAAAAAAAUUUUCAAAUUUUUUUUAGUUUUUUUUUGGUCUACGGGCGUGGAAAAUUUUUUUUUAGCUUAACCACUAUAAGGAUCGGAUACUUUGUUCAUUUAGCUUUAAUUUGGUUUUUUGAACACCUCGAUACGUCCACUUCUCGCCGAGAUAUCGGUCUUCAAAUGGAAAAGGAUCCUUUUGUGUUUGAUUAUCGAUAUCUCAGCAACCAAUGAUCGCACAGAAAGUUAAAGCUCACCUUUGAAGGUUGCGAUUAUUGCAUUAGUAUGUUUACAAAGUUCAGCAUGGAACGAUUGAGGUGUUAUUCCUUUCAAGGCGGGUGAAGGCAAAAAAUUUCUGGAGGUAUUUAGUUGGCUUUGGACUUUCGCGUGUUUCGCCGGUACUACUUUUUUAGUCCUAUUAACUUGGUUGGUUUUGUUUGAGUUCGGAGUUAAAAGCAGCCCAGAUCUACACUGAGCCAAAAAAAACUAGAAAAGUGCACUGUUACUGUUGCACCAUGUAACUGAGGAGUUCUACAGUGUAAACACACAUCCAACUAAACCAUCAAACCUGCUUGUCGUACAGUGUAAAUUGUCAUUGCUGUCAACAUCAAAUUUGCUACAUCAUUUUUCAUUUUGUUAACUACCUAUUGUAAUUUGUAAAAUCAAGAAAGUAUUCAUUCGAAUUAAAACCUUUGUAAAAGAUACAUCAUCUAGUUUAAUUUAUUCAAUCAAAUUUCUGGAUUCAACAUUUGGUCCAUUCGAGCCAAAAGCUUAAAAGUACUGUGAUUAAAAAAUCUGUGAUAUUCUACAAUUAAGACUGUGAUAUAAAUGUUCACUGUCGUGCUGCUACAUCUGUUUAUUGGAGUUCCUGUUUUUUGUUCCUGAAUUCGUGCAUUUUUUUAGCUUAACCACUAUAAGGAUCGGAUACUUUGUUCAUUUAGCUUUAAUUUGGUUUUUUGAACACCUCGAUACGUCCACUUCUCGCCGAGAUAUCGGUCUUCAAAUGGAAAAGGAUCCUUUUGUGUUUGAUUAUCGAUAUCUCAGCAACCAAUGAUCGCACAGAAAGUUAAAGAACCAAGAAAUAUAAGCAGCGGAACGACCUUAUACUGAAACAUAUAAUGAACAACAACAAGGUACAACAACUAACCGAGGAGGAGGAGGAUUUACUUCUGCACCCCUUCUCGAAUCUUGAUAUGGAAGACGGAGCUAGCGCGAUUGACAUCGAUGAUAGCACCAGCGAGAUCUCAGUCGCUAGCUCCAAUUUCUCAAACUCAUCCAGGCGGAGCAGAGUCUCCAACUGUAGAAGGACCAUCAACAGGUUGGGGAAACUCGACUGGAACCAGAUGUCCGAAGAAGACAGGAUGAGACUUCACAAUGCUCGUGCCUUUAUGGACAGAGAGGGCUUGGGUAAAGCUAGUCUUGCACCUAACCCCCCCUCUUCAAAAGGUACGAGUAAAAAGACUGUGAUGGGACCACCUGCUCCCCUUGUUCCAAAACAAGGGAAGGGGGUCAUCCCAUCUACGUCGAGUGCUAUUGCCUCGAUUGCAGACGAGCGAACGUCUCGAAAAGGAAAAACUGAUCCAGUCGUGCGGACACACGUCGUUGCGUCUAAUAAUUCAUCGGCCAAAUCAGUUUUAUCACCUGCUGGUACGAUUGAUCAAGCAGGUGGGAAAGGCACAACUGUCGAGGGAAAAGAUAAAGGGGGGUGCAAGGAUAAUUUGGUAGGCCGUAGCCUACAGGUUAUCCAAAAAACCAACAAAGAAUCUGAAACCGCAAACCAUACUAUCAGGAACCAAAUGGACCUGAUCGUACGGACAAACGACGUUGUGCAUAAUAUCCCAUCAGAUGAAUCGGUCCUAUCACCUGGUGGUACGACUGGUUUGGCGGGUGAUAAAGACAAUACUGUCGAGGGCAAGGAUGAAAUGGGGUGCAAGGAUAACUUGGUAGGCCGUAGCCCACAGGAUAUCCAAAACACUACCACCGAUUCCGAACCCGCAGACCGCACGAUGAAUACAACGUUCAAGCAUUGAAUAAUUAUAUAUAGAAGUGACACUGAUAGUUUCUAGCGCCACACAAUUUUAUUUUUCUCGGCAAUCUGAUGUACUAAAAAAUCCCCAGAGAGAAUGGAGCUUGUCCUAGAAAAUUAUGUUUCCAAAAAUUUGUUUUUAAAAAAGGAAAUUUCUCUAACUAAAUUUUACUCAUACAUUCAAAAUUACACAAAUAUCAAACAAAAAUAUAGACAAGUUAGUUGACAUUAUAAAUGUAUCCAUAGUAACUCGAAACUAAAAACAAGAAUUUUUUUAUUAACGACGAGAAUUUGAACAAAAUUAAAUAUUAUUGUUGUAUAUCCUAGUUACGUUAUAGCUUAUAGGGCAUGAAAGUUACCCUUAUUUCAAUAGUCCUGCUAGCGUAGGUGACAAGGUGAUUGCUCUUUAAUUUUCCUUUCUGAGUUCGUAUCCCCACAGAGUUUGCUAUUUUUUUUAUAUUAUAUUUUGUUUUGCAAUAUUAUGAAAUGCGUAACAAUUAGAGCCUAUUUUUGCUGAAUCGAAACUUAAGCAUUUAAUUACAACAUAAAUCCUUAUGUGUCAGUUUACGCCGAAGUAAAAGUAGAGCCUAAACGUUUAUGUUCAACAUAAAUUAUUUAAGGUUCGUUUCAGCUAAUGGCCCUUAAAGAAAAAAAGAAAAGCGUUAAAAAAAACUCAACGUAAUAUUGUAAAUCAGAUAAGAGCUCAAACCAAUAAGUCGAUUUGGCUCAAACUUUUUGUUUAUUUUUGAUUCAAAGGAGGGGAAAUUGAAAUUUUUUAACGGUACCAACUAGAGAUGCUGGGCCCUACCAAUAAUCAAAUUUAAAGCGGACUUUGAUAUUUACCGGAAUUCUAAAUAUUUCACCACACCAAAAAACAAUUUAAUAGUCAGGUUAAAGGCAACCGCUCGGUUAAAGUUUAUAGUUGGGAAACUCAAUGUAGAAUUCCAGUAAAUAUAAAAGUCAGCUUUAAAUUUGAUUUUGGUAGGGCCCGCUGCGAAUAAUGAUUCGGUAGAAUACCGAACAUUAUACAUUCACUUAAUAUAAGGCUAUUAUUACUAUUAUUCACCAAAACUUUUCAUUAGUAAAUUUUAUUUUCUACGAGCCUUACCAAUAAUCAAAUUAAAGGCUCACUUAAAUAUUUAACUGAAUUCUACAUAUUUCACUCAACCAAUAAACAAUUUCAUACUCAGGUUAAAGACUAACGCUUGGCUAAAUUUAAUAGUCGAGUUUCAUAACUAUUAAAUUUAACCGAGCGUUGUUUUUAUACACUAGCCCAAAAAGUUAAAGGAAAAAAGCAAAAUUCGUGAUAGCUCCAAAACAAGUACCUAUUCGAUUUGAUUUCUUCUACUAAGAUAGAUUUUUAGAAAAAAAAAUUUCAAAAUCGUUGGAACCUUAUAAAUAAAUUUUUUAAAAAAAUUCAAAAAUAAAAUUGGUAUGCAAUUUCUUAGAAAUUACUAAAUUAAUUUAAUGUCCUGUUUUCGAAAAUUUGAAAAAAGUGUUCAAUUUUGUUUUAAUCCAAAAACUAUUAUUUUCCCAAAUUUUAUUUCUGUUUUAUAUUUAAACUAUAUGCUUUUGUAUACAAAAUUCGCUGAAAUUGAAUUUUGUACAAAUGCACAGCUUGACAAUAUAGUAUCAUGACAAAAUAAAAGUAUGUAAAAACUACAUUCUUCUAGCUUUAGGAUCUUAGACCCAAAUAUUUUAUUUCAAAUGGUGAAAUAGAAAAAUCAUUGGAACUAUGCAAAAUCCACAUUUUCUUUCAUUUGCGAACCUUUUGAGUUUAUUUGAACAUUUUAUUAAUAAAUAUCGUUUAAAUUUUAGAUAAAAAAAUGUUUUAAUAAAAAUAAAGAAAAGUAUCCAAAAAUGGUACGAA